UGAUACCACGUGAUUUGUGCUGAUGUAACGCGAGAUGUCUGGCGUCACUUUUAGCGCGGAGUUUGUUGUUGGCGGAAAAGCUCCAGUCUGAACAAAAUAAUUUGUUCAGCCGCAGACGGGGUCAGAUUUAGAUAUUUAACUCUUCACCGAUUAAGCAUUAGUUCGUGACUAUAUUGCGCUUUUAUCAAAUUCUCUUUUGAAAACUAUUGUACUUUACGACCAACUAAAGCGAUGGAGUUGUCUCCUGUCUGCGCUGAAGGCAUCAGCACAGACGGAGGCAUCAAAUCUGACAGAGGUCAUAGGAAAAGCAAAGUCUCAAGAGAUGUGGAGAUGGACAUUGAUUACCUCUAUAAAGCUGUUCCUCAGCUGGCUAAGGUCUUCCGCAUCAUAGACAAAAUCGGAGAAGGUACGUUCAGCUCAGUGUACCUGGGUGAGGCUCAGAUGCAGGAUGGGAGGAGAGAGAUGUUUGCCCUGAAGCACCUCAUCCCAACCAGCCAUCCUACACGCAUUGCUGCUGAGCUUCAGUGUCUCACUGUGGCAGGAGGCAGAGAGAAUGUGAUGGGGGUGACAUACUGCUUCAGGAAGGAGGACCACGUGGUGAUUGUCAUGCCCUAUAUGGAGCAUCAAGCUAUUGUGGACAUCAUUGGCUCACUAACCUUUGAGGAGGUCCGUCUGUACAUCUACCACCUGUUGACAGCCCUGAGUCACAUUCACCAGUUUGGUAUCAUUCACCGAGACAUAAAACCAAACAAUUUCCUCUACAACAGGAACAGCAAAAUGUAUGCUCUGGUGGACUUCGGCCUGGCUCAGGGUACAGCGGACACCCAGAUCGAGCUGCUGAAGGUGGUGAGGCAGAGGUCAUCGCAAAAAGGUGGAGGGUCCACAGGCAAACAAGACACAACACAGGAGAGCAAAGCACCACCUAGACUUCAUCCCAAAACCACCCCCACCACCGCAGCCUCAACCUCACUACCUCUGCCUCCACGGCAAUCCACGGCCUUGCCACCUUCCUCCUUCUCUUCCACUACUACCAGCACCACCACAUCUUCCCCAGCCUCUCGGAAAGCACUAGUUAAAAAAGCACGUUUUGUCACCACCACCAACGUCACCACCUCCACAUCUCGCACAAAGCACACAAAGGAUUUGACAGGAGUACGCAAAGUGCCACGGCCUGUGUUUGGAGAGAAGAACCUGAACAGCUGCACACCCGCUCCCUCCACCACCAAACAAGCUGUCAUUAAGACAGAACUGGUAAAGCCCGUAAGAACAGAGGACCCAGCCAACCGAAGGUAUUCCUCAGCCAGCCGGGGGCCCCUGCCUGUCAGGACCCAGAGCAGCAGUCAGAAACCUCAAAGAACUGUACAGCAGGGCCUCACCUGUAACUGCUACCUGACCGAGCGUGUCUGCAAUAUCUGCAUGUCCAGGAAGCAGCAGGUGGCACCCAGGGCUGGAACCCCGGGCUUCAGAGCACCAGAAGUCCUCACAAAGUGUCCCAACCAGGGGACAGCCAUAGACGUGUGGUCAGCUGGUGUGAUCCUGCUCUCGCUGCUCAGUGGUCGUUACCCGUUCUUCAAAGCCAGUGAUGACCUGAUCGCUCUCACUCAGAUCAUGACCAUACGAGGCUCUAGAGAGACCAUCCAGGCUGCUAAGUCAUUUGGUAAGGCGGUGGUGUGCAGUCGGGAGCUACCUCGGCAGGAUCUUAGAACACUGUGUGAGACGCUGAGAGGACCAAGACUCUCGCCAGAUGAUGAAGUCACACCACUCCCUGGAGCCAGCAGAGACUCCACUGCCAGCCACCGUCAAAAAAUCCAAGAUGAUACGCCUACACUUCGUCCCACUGAGGGCACAUUGAAACAACAUAAAGACGGAGCGGGUGAAACUCCUUUUCCUCUCUCCUCUAGUCUCCCAAACCAUCAGGAGCAUUCAGGCAGCAAAGCAACCUCCACUCGCCUCGCUAAACAAACCUCGGAGGUAGACUGCAAGGUGGAGGACGAUGAACAGGGCUGGGACAGAGUCCCCGAUGAAGCCUACAACUUGCUGGACCGGCUGCUGGACCUGAACCCUGCCACCAGGAUCACGGCUGCUCAGGCACUGCAGCACCCACUGUUCGAAGACCUGUAAAUAGGACUGCGACAGACCCAGGAGCCUCACGUCGGCAUCAUAAAGCUGCUUGACCUCAGGAUGUGGUUCAGAUAUAGAAAAGUGUGGUACACGGCAUCAUUUAAAUAGAUUGGAGACAAGUUUGUAUCCUUGUGUGAAAACAUUUCCUGAAGAAGACAACAGAGAUCUGGUAAAUCUGGGGGGAAUUUUUUUUUUUUCUCUCCCAUCAACGCCAGUUAAAUGCUUUGUAGACUUUAACAUAAAUGUCCGUGCAAGGCAGGUUUUACUCCAUGGUUCACAAGCAUGCAGUUAAGUGUUAAAAUGAGUUAUUUUCAUGGCAGCUAUGGUGUAGACUAGACAACGGUGAGGAUGGGCAUUUUAAAGGGCUCAAAUAUUGACUCACGGCAUCAUAUUGGUUGUUGUGUACAUGGAUCUACAGUUUUAAAUUUAAAUAGCAGAUAUUUAAUAUUCUGUGUGUCUGAAUCUUAUCUUCUAAAGAGGGAACUGUCACUAUGUUGUUUACUCUUGUCACUGCUGCCAUAACA